UAUUAAAAGAAAACGUUUGAAUUUUGCUUAUACUUGUGGUAUUGAAUUCAAACUAAUUGUUACGCGCCGGAUUUCCCUGCCCCUCUUUCCCGUCAUGUCUGUUGGCUCAUUUUGCCCUGUCGAUAUCGAUGACGAUUUCCUAAACAAUUGUCAAGCUGUAGAAAUACCACCACCCCCAGAGUUAGUACAGUUGCGUGAUGCUAAUGGUCCACGCUUGGUGAUAUCAAAAAUUGUUAUCGAGAAUUUUAAGUCGUAUGGUGGCAUGCGAGUCCUUGGUCCAUUCUGCAAAAAGUUUAAUUGCGUUAUAGGCCCAAAUGGUAGUGGUAAGAGCAAUGUGAUUGAUUCACUCCUUUUCGUUUUUGGAUACCGCUCUUCCAAGGUUCGAUCAAAAAAAUUAAGCCUCCUUAUACAUAAGAGCGAUGUGUUGCCUGACGUUCCCUGCUGUUGUGUGGAGGUUCAUUUUCAAAAAAUUAUUGAUACUGGGCCUAUGGAUGAUGAUUUUGAGGUUGUGUCUGAAAAUGACUUUGUUGUAUCCCGCAAAGCAUUUCAAGAUAAUUCAAGCCAGUAUUUUAUUAAUGAUUGCCGAGCCAAUUUUAAAGAAGUCACAACACUCCUCCGACGGAACGGAAUCGAUUUAGAUCACAAUCGCUUUCUUAUCUUGCAAGGUGAAGUAGAACAAAUAUCUCUUAUGAAACCCAAGGCUAUUUCCGAACAUGAAGAUGGCUUUCUUGAAUAUCUUGAGGAUAUAAUUGGAUGCAACAGAUUUAAGAAGCCCCUAGAAAUCUUGGCAAAUAGAAUAGAAAAGCUGUCCGAUCUUCGUCUUGAGAAACUUUCAAGAGUCAAGGCUGUUGAGCAGGAAAAAAAUAGCCUAGAAAGUAUUCGAAACGAAGCUUUUGCGUACCUUAAGUUGGUUAACAAUCUCACACAUAUCAAAAACCUCCAAUACCAACAGGCCCUUGCUAAAGAACGUACAUGUGAACAAGCUUCG